AUGGACCGGAACGUUCAGGCUAGUUUCCAGUUGGAUGAUCUUUGGCUCACACUCCAGCCUGGAGGUGCCUCGGAAUCAGUCUUUCGACGUGUUGAGUUCGUUUUUCAGGCCGUUCUAGAGGGGCGGGAGAGUUUUCGCGGUGUUGGACUCCGCCUCCCUGAGCUUAUAGACUGCAUAUUCGGAUUCCAGGACAGAUCGCGGGGGUCUUGGAGUGAAACUGUGUCUGGUUGGCUCCCAGAUUGUGAACGUCGCGCAGCACGUCCCGGGGACGCAGACGCGCUUGUUUCGCUAUUAGAGCCUCGCGGACCGCUCUUCCAGACACUGCUUUGUCACGACGAACGAUACACCUAUGAUUUUCCGCUACAAAACUUGCCUCAGCCGCUUUUAGACGAAAUCGCUGCGGUGCUCAGUGGCGAAGACGCGAAUGUACGCGCUGCUGUGGCAGCGUCGCCACACCCAGAUCGGAAACCCGAGAACCUCCCUACUGGAGAAUACUCCCCGUUAGCCUACUAUUUGUCAGCACACGUGACCGACCCCACUCACGAUACCGUUCGAAUUGGCGCUGCCCGAUACUACCUGCUCUGCUUCCUGGCCUAUCCGGUGUAUGCUCGCCAUCCAACGGUCAAUGAGCGCUUCACCUCGGCCUGGGACACCUCCGCUCGUCAGCACAUAUACGAGCGCGUGCUGUUGGCCUUCCUCCAGGAAUUCGCGUCACUGCAGCAGCUGCUUCAUCAGCAUGUAUCAUUUGAGCGUUCUGCCGCAACUACACUGUCUGUCGCUGACCUUUUCGUCCACGCAUGGGUUGCGUUCUGGUUUCACUGGAAUGGAGAGCUUUGGCCCUGGAAUGGAUGGCACGACGCAGUAGCCAAUGACUGGGGCCAAAUGCAGCUCGCUCGCUAUCGCGAGCGACACAGCGUUCCAUCGCUGCUGACCAUGAAAUGUCAACGCUUGGCGAUGAUGCACGUCAUGGGGGUUUUCGAGACCCACGCUGAUCAGGUCGAGCGAUGGAGUGGAUGCCAGCACAUCAUCAAUCAAGAUCGCGUGCCCGUGAGACAUUCCGAACCAUUUGCUGGAGAGUCUUCGGCAUCGCGCGAUACGGGCGUCCCGCGGAAAAUCCCCUCCGCGGGAACACCAUCGCUGCAAGUCUACUUGAAUAUUCCUCUCGGUUUGCAGCAUGUUGAUGCGAGUUGGCGAGCGUGGCAUCCAAACCAACUCGGCUCAUCGGGGGCGGCGCAACGGACGAAUCCACUCCUCCGUUUCCUUCUGAUCGUGUUUUGCCGCUACUUUUGUCGCACAAUACCUCGUAUGCAGCAAAUGUGCAUUGAUCUGGAUGCGUCGACGAAUGUGGCCUUUCUAAAGACCAUUUCUGCGUGGCUUUUCCCCUGGGAUCAGGCCACGGAGCUUUCAGCGCUUUUGGAAAAGGCACGGGAUCAACGGGGACGUCGCGUUGCCCUGCUCCAUGGUCUCGCACUAUUGCAUACGCCUUUUGUGGAAGAACCGCGGAAAUCGUCCCAAUACAAAACGUCUUGCUGGCGACGUGUACUUGCCCUGCAUUUUCCGCUCUACGUGCGGUUGCUUGUGGACAUGCUCAACAUUCUCGUCCGCUCGCGCUGUCUGCUGCAGAGCCCUGGUGCCCUUGAAUUCUACCUGGAUUUGCAUCGCAGUGCGCAGUGUCGUGAUUGGCUGGCUGAUCUUCAGAAGAUUGCGCAUUCAACGCGAGCAGUCGAGUCUCGACAACAACCAUGCAUCGAAGCAUGGUCGGAAUUCCAACACUCCAGGUGUUCACCGAAUCUGUCGGAACUGGCAGGUCUCGAUUGUGAUGCGUUUCGACAAACGCUGCGUGAGCUUCGGCUGCAGCUAGAGCGACGCUUGCAUUCCAGCUGGAACACCUCGGCGGUGUUCUUGAGUCGGUUAGCACGAGACCGAGCGGCGCAUCUCGUUGAGCCGUGGAUUCAACUCGUUGAACCUGCGGAAUUCCCUGGAUCACCGAAGGCACGCGAUCCAUUGAGCAACGCAUCCGUUCAGGCACUCGAUGAUACCGAUUCUCUGGGUGUGAUUCAUCGGCGACUUCCAGCGUUAUCGCCAGACCGUAGCGUAACGUCGCCAGGAGGUGCUCCACAACACUCAGCAGCGGCGGCGGGCGCGAGGGAGCCGACCACGCCCCCUUCCAUGUCAACUUCGGCGUCAAGUCGGACAGACUCGGAAAUGUUACCUCUUGGAGCUCAGAUUGCGCUGGGUCGGAAAAAAUGCUCUAACCUGGAUAUCGUGCCUCGUGGAGAUGCAUGGAGAUGGCCAAAACAGAGCAAUGAGUUCGGUCCAGCGCUUGUUCUGGCCCGGCGUCUCGCUCUAAAACUGGAGCAACUUACUGGAGUGUCGUGGAAUCUGCGCUUUUUGGCAUCGUAUGUGGUGAUCGGCUAUCUUGCCGUGGGUUUGACACUCUCGCUACUCUGGUUGAUGGUCGUUUCCGGAAUUUUCUAG